GAGAUGGCACCAAACAUGUUGGCCAGCUUCCGAAGACUCUGCUCUAAAGGAUAGAUGUUCAACACGACCCAGCACGUUCCAGCCUGAAAAGAAGAAAUGGAUGACAUUGAGCAGGAAGGCAUAAAUGAGGAACUUAUUGAGUUUGCCAUCCGAGAAAGCAUUCAAGACUCCUACAAGCUGCAACGUUCUCUGCAAAACAACAGGAAGGAACCAAAUAGUGAAGAAUUCAUAAAGAUAAUGGCAGCCAUUCAGAAAGGUGAUGUGUACGCUCUGCAGGUGUUGUCAGGUCGUUUGUCUGCCUUCAGAGAGACUGACAUCAGGGGCCGGCUGCCUCUGCAUGCUGCAGCUGUGCAGCCACAGCGAGAGAUCCUGCUGAUGGUACUGCAGGCAGUUCUGAUGUGCACAGAUCUGACCCUGGAGGAGCACACGGAGGAUGGGGACACGGCUUUGACUCUGGCAGCAGAGGCCGGCCUAGUGGAAAAUGUUAGCAUGCUGAUGCAGCACGGAGCUUCACCACACAACACCAACAGCAGGAACGAGUCUCCUCUGCUCAUCGCAGUGAGACAGAGAUCCUAUGACAUGGUUUUAUCCCUCAUCAUGGGUGGCGCUUUCGUGGAGCAGGUGUGUCUCACUAAGUGGACGGCCACACAUGAAGCUGCAAAGGUGGGGUGUCCGGCCAUUAUAAUGCUGCUGCUUCGACAUGGAGCCAAAGUGAGUGCUAGAAAUGCUCAUGGAGUGACACCUCUGGGGAUCGCAGCUGAAUAUGGAAACAAUGAGGCUUUGGACAUACUCAUCCAGCAUGGUGGGGAUGUGAAUGCCCAGGCCAGCAACGGAGACACAGUCCUGUAUGAUGCUGCUGGAUCUGGAAACCUGGACUGUGUCAAACUACUCCUGGAGCAUGGAGCCAAUGCUAAUGUAGCCAGCUAUGCCUGCCAGCUCCCCAUCCACAGAGCUGCCUAUGAAGGACACAUACUAGUCCUGAGGACUCUCAUCCCCCUCACCACAAAGAGAGCCAUUCGUCUCUCGGGCCAGAACCCCGUCCACUCAGCAGCUGAUGGGGGGCAGGUUGAGUGUCUGGAGCUGCUUAUCCAGAAGGGGUUUAAUGUCAACGCUUUGCUGGACACACACAUCUCUGAGAACUACGGAGACCUUAGGAAGACUCCUUUGUACUUUGCUGUUUCCAACGGUGAUGUGACCUGUGCUGAGAUGUUGCUGGAAGCCGGAGCGAGAACUGACCUGGACCCACUACAAUGCAUCCUGGUUGCCGUACGAGCCGAGAGGCAUGAGCUGGUGCAACUGCUGCUAUCCUAUGGAGCAGAGGUGAACUGUUACUUCAGAGUGAUCAGUAACACCCUGUUCCCCACAGCCCUGCAGUACAGUCUGAGGGAUCAGAUCAUGCUGCGACUGCUGCUCAACAACGGAUAUCAGGCUUACAAGUGUUUCCAGUGUUUUCAUGGUAACAGUGAAGAAACAGAUCGUACCUGGAUGGACGUCCAUGACCAAGUCUAUCAGAUUUAUCGGCAACCAAACGUCAUUUCAUUCUGUGAAUUCGUUUCAGUGUCAUGGCUGACACAUGCAGUGGGCAGUGUGGUGAGGAUGCUCCUGGACUACGUUAACCAUGUCACCAUCUGUGCAAACCUCAAAUGCAUCCUGGAGAAGAGACCAGAAUGGGAUGAGAUUUCUGACAUACUGAGCAAACCACGCUCUUUGCAGCACUUGUGUCGACUAGUGAUCAGGGGUCACAUGAGCCUCAGGACACUGAACAACCCUGAAACCAUGGCUGUCAUUCCCUUUCCUCCCAGACUGAAGAACUACCUGACCUACAGAGAGUACGACCUCUACGGUGACCUCUCUUGAACAUGAAAGACAUUCUAUUGACGUGUGUGAUUGAAACACAAAUAAUGAAAAAAGCACUAGUCACUCUUAUCAAAUGAUCAGGGUAUAUUUUCACUGAUUGUUCCUUUGUAUUGCACGCGUUCAGUUUUAUACGUUUGAUUGUGACUGCAACACAUAUUGUGAAUACUAUUUCUUAUAUGUGUCACAAAAACAACAGGAAUAGUUUCUCACAGGCUUAAACUAUUUGAAUGGCUCUUUUCUUUAGGAAUCUACUUCAGCAUCAGCAUUUCAUUUCCUUUUUCUAAAUCAAAAUCGUUUUGUCUUCCUUGUCAUGUCUAACACUGGACAGAUGUAGUAUAUUAUGCCUUGGAGAAAAACUGUAAUAUUUCUAUCAUCUCUUAAUCAUUUCUGCUGCAACAUUGUCACUAUACUUUUUAUUUUCUUGAUUGCAUUGCAAACAUGCCAGAUAUAGAUGAUGGUUCUACACACCCACAUGUUUUCACUUCUGGCUGAUUUGACCUCUGCUCAUGUUUAGGUUGGGUGGAGCUAUUCUGGAAAUUAUGUGAGGGCACCAAACUGAACAAAUCAGAAUGAUUACAUAAUUAAGUUCUGCUGCCCUAACUGGUGCCAAACAAAUGUCAAUCAAGCACAAUGUGUGGGCACCUUCAAAGAGGUUCAAGGUAGAGGUCUAAUCAAGUAAAUAAAAACACCUGUAUGAGUGCACAUUUUAUGCUGGCUUUCAGUGUGCACCUAAUGUGUUAUAGGCUGAGAAAAAAAAAAACAGUAUUGUUGCCUAAAUGUAGCACAUGGA